AUGAUGCCAUUGUGCCUCCUCAUCACCAGCCUGUUGAGUAGCGCCGCGUCAGUCUCGGCCCAGUUUAACGGAUACAACUGUGACGCCAACCACCACAGCAGGUUUCCUGGCGAGCGGGACAUCAGCGUAUACUGCGGCGUCCAGACCAUCACUGUGAAGAUCAACUUCUGCCCCGUGCUGUUCUCCGGCUACAGCGACACGGACUUGGCCCUCAACGGUCACUAUGACGAUGCCCAGUGCCGCGGCUUCAUCAACAAUAACACUUUCCCAACAGCUGUGCUGUUCAGCAUUGGCCUCAGCACCCUGGAAGCGUGCGGAAACAGCCUGGUGGUCACCACAGCCCACGGGGCCAAUGCCUACGGGAAUAUGUCCCUGGUACAAAUUGGAAGCGUCUCCGGCUUUAUCGAUACGCCUGAUCCACCGACUAUAAUCAGCUACCUCCCUGGUUUGUUGUACAAAUUCAGCUGCAGCUACCCAUUGGAGUACCUGGUCAAUAACUCACAGAUGGCAUCCUCGUCCGUCGCCAUAUCUGUCAAGGACAGCAACGGCACGUUUGUAAGCACAUUGAGUCUCAUGCUGUACAAUGAUUCAACAUACAACCAAAUGCUUGCUAUCCCCAUGGCGGGCCUCUCUCUGAAAACCAGAGUGUUUGCUGCAGUGAAGGCCACAAACCUGGACAAACGUUGGAACAUCUUGAUGGACUACUGUUACACAACCCCCUCAGGGAAUCCUAAUGAUGAACUCCGCUACGACCUUUUCCUGGGCUGCUACAAAGACCCGCAGACUACCGUUUUCGAGAAUGGGAAGAGCCAAAUGGGCCGCUUCUCCUUUGAGGUGUUCCGUUUCGUGAAGCACAGACACCAGAAGAUGUCCACGGUGUUCCUGCACUGCGUCACCAAGCUUUGCAAGACGGACGACUGCAUCAUGCUCAUGCCGAUCUGUGGGCGGCGCCGUAGGCGGGAUGAAGGGGCGAGCAGCGGUUCCUCCCCGGCUGCGAGUGGGAACGCCAUCAUUAGCGCCGGACCCAUUAUUACCAGGAGUGAUGACACUCCUGUCAACAACUCUCAACUUGCAUCAGGUGACCCCUCCCAGGUGAUGAACCCAGUGACCACUUCGCUGAUCUCAGGCGUGGUCAUCCUAGGCGGGCUCAGCGUUGGCUUCGUCCUGCUGUCGCUCCACCUCCUGCAGAAGUCCCGCCUCCCCUCGGGCCCAGCAGCCUCAGGAGCUUGGAACCCUGGUUUUAAAUGAAUAAGUUAAAUUAUCAACAUAUCUUAGGGAUUUGUACACACGCGAUGAAAUAUGUGUCAUAUUGUUCCAUGUGUCAUCCGCUAAAGAGUUAGACUCACAGUAAAUAACAGUUCUAUAAGUGAGAUAGAUAGUUUAAGACAAUUUUUUUUUUAUAGAAAGAAGUCAGAAAAAAUAAGACAACAUUGCUUGUUUGGA